AUGGUGGAUGCUUCAAAAGCAGAAUUUAUUCGCAGAAAAUUGGGUUUUGAAAGAGUCUUCAAGAACUGCUCCCAGAAGAUAUGGUUGUUUCAUUCUUUUGAUUUGAAUUGUGAAGUGUUGUUGGACCACGUUCAAUGUCUGCAUGUUAAACUCAACAUGCCAUGGUUGGAAGUCCCUCUGUUAGCAUCCUUCAUCUAUGCAAAAUGUACCAGGUCAGAGAAAUUAGUUCUUUGGGAUUGCUUGAGGAGCUUGGCAAUUAAUAUUCAUUCACCGUGGAUAGUUGGGGGUGAUUUCAAUGCCAUUUUACAUAGUGUGGAACGGUUGAACGGAGCUAUGCCACAUGCAGGUUCUAUGGAAGAUUUUGCUACUACUUUGCUUGAUUGUGGAUUAAUGGAUGGUGGCUAUGAAGGAAACUCAUUCACUUGGACUAAUAACCGUAUGUUUCAACGGUUGGACAGAAUGACUUAUAAUCAUCAUUGGGCAUACUUUUUUGCUUCUACACGUAUACAGCACCUGAAUAGGGACGGCUUAGACCAUUGUCCAUUGUUGAUUUCCUGCUCUAAGAACCAGGAUAGAAUGCCUUCAUCUUUUAGAUUCCUGCAUGCUUGGGUCCUCCACCAUGGUUUCAAAAAGUUCGUGGAACAGAAUUGGACUUCCUCCAUUGUUGGCUCUAGACUACAAGCUUUCUGGGUGAAGCAACGACGUCUAAAACAAGCUCUGAAAUGGUGGAAUAAGGAGGUUUUCGGAGACAUAUUCCAUAAUUUGAAGGUGGCAGAACAAAGAGCUGCAAAUUGCGAAAUAAUUUUUCAACAAGAGUAG